AUUACGUAACGUUUUCAUCCUCUUUAGCAAUUCAAUUUCUCUUCACCUCACCGAUCAACACACCCUCGAAACGCCUCUCUCACUCUUUUCUCCGUUUUGUCUCAGGGAACUUGAACAAUAAGUUAUCUGGUUUGACCGGUUAUAAGUAAUUACAAAAUGUUUUUCGAUGGAUAUGGUUAUCAUGGAACAUCGUUUGAGCAGAGUUAUCGAUGCUACCCUGCAUCUUUUAUUGAAAAGCCACAAAUUGAAAGUGGUGAUAAAAUUAUAAUGCCUCCAUCAGCCCUUGAUCGCUUAGCAUCUCUGCAUAUUGAUUAUCCAAUGUUAUUUGAGCUUCGGAAUGAUGCUGCUGAGCGUGUCUCUCAUUGCGGAGUACUUGAGUUUAUUGCAGAAGAAGGCAUGAUCUAUAUGCCAUAUUGGAUGAUGGAGAAUUUGCUCCUACAGGAGGGGGAUAUUGUGAGGGUGAAAAAUGUGACUCUUCCAAAGGGAACCUACGUUAAAUUGCAACCCCACACAAAGGACUUUUUGGAUAUUUCGAACCCAAAAGCUAUCUUAGAGACAACCCUGAGGAAUUAUUCCUGUUUAACCACUGGGGACAGUAUUAUGGUGGCAUAUAACAAUAAGAAGUAUUACAUAGAUAUCAUAGAGACGAAGCCAUCCAAUGCAAUAAGUAUCAUUGAGACUGACUGUGAGGUAGAUUUUGCUCCUCCCCUGGAUUACAAGGAGCCAGAAAAGCUUCCUGUAGCUGCUUCUUCAAGCAAGGCACUGUCUCAAGUUGAAGAAGCUCCUGCUGAGCCUGAACCAAGAUUCAGCCCCUUUACUGGUGCAGGAAGACGCUUGGAUGGGAAGCCUCUGAAGCAACAGCCUCCACCAGUUUCUUCCUCAGAGUCCAAAGACAAGGGACCUGCUGUUUCCAAUGGGAACAACAGCCAACCAUCUUCACGAUCUAGUUCACAAAGUAUUUCACGCCAGGCUCAGGGCAAGCUUGUAUUUGGAUCAAGCCGUCCUAAGGAAACAAAACAGGAAUCUGGAAAAGAAUCGAAACAGGAGCAGUCUCAAGAGAAAGAAGAUCCUAAGUUUCAGCCAUUUACAGGGAGAAAGUACUCAUUAAAGGGUUAAUUAAUUUGUUAUGUUUACUGGCCCUUUGUUGAUAGAGGAAGGCAACAGAAUUAUAUGUUCAUCUGGGAUGUUGUAUUAUCAAAUGAUUGAACUGUGGGUUCGCAUGUCAAAAUGAAGAAGGGAGGGCCAAACUUAUAUUCCAUUCUGUGGUGAAUCUGAAGAGUACCUGUUCAAAGAAAAGAAAGAGAAUCUCAAAAAUUUGACCUGCUAUUGUUUGCACUUGUAUUUAUUGCCUGUAAGCCCUUUGCAUCUUUAUUUAGCAUUCUGUUGAUUUCUUGAA